AUGAGUGACAAAUUAAACAAUUCCAAUAGCUCCACUGAAUCAUUUGAUCCUGUUGCUUAUAAAAAGGGACAAUCUUCAAAUAUCAUAGACGAACCAACCAAAAAACCAGAAAUGGUGUUGAGAAAUUUUGCCAGAACUUAUGAACAAGCUCCCCUCAAUGGUUAUCAGAAACUUAUUCAAGGUUUGGGUAAUAUGUUUGGUACCUGUGGUAUGUUUUGUUGUUUGUGUACAAACCCAUAUCAAGAAGUUUCCCAAGGUGAAGUUGGAUUAGUGCAAACUUUUGGUGCAUUAACUCGUACUGUUGAGCCUGGUUUAUCAUAUGUUAAUACUUGGUCUGAAAAGUUGACGAGAGUUUCUAUCAAAAUCAAUGUUCGAGAAAUCCCAGCGCAAACCUGUUUCACAAAAGAUAAUGUUAGUAUCACCAUCACUUCGGUUGUUUACUACAAUAUUAUUGAUCCAAUGAAGGCUAUAUUUGACAUUUCUGAUAUUAAUCAAGCAAUUGUUGAAAGAACUCAAACUACAUUAAGAGAUGUUAUUGGUGGUAGAGUCUUGCAAGAUGUUGUUGAGAAGAGAGAAGAAGUUGCAGCCACUAUCGAACAUAUCAUUGCUAAAACUGCUGCUGAUUGGGGUGUCAAUGUCGAAAGUAUUUUGAUUAAAGAUUUGGUGUUGCCACAACAAGUCCAGGAUAGUCUUUCUAAAGCUACUGAAGCUCGUCGUAUUGGUGAAGCCAAGAUCAUCAAUGCAAAAUCAGAAGUCAUUGCCUCCAGAUUGUACCGUAAGAGUGCUGAUAUUUUGUCUUCCAAAGCAGCAAUGAAUAUUAGAUUUUUAGAUACAUUAAUUCAGUUGGGUAAAACGGCCAACAGCAAGGUUAUCUUCUUACCACCAUCACUGGAGAUUGAUAGAAUGGUUUCUAAUUAUAAUGACAACACCUAUGAAAAAUCAAAGAUUGUUGAAUCCGAUGAUGAGGACCAAGACUUGGAUGCUCCAAUGCUUCAAGACCAUCUUCCAAGCUCCUCAAAUCGAACCAUUAUUGAUACCGUGGCUAUGCAAGAAGCCAUGAGAGACUAA